CAAAUACCAAACUUAGUUCCACGCAACAGAACGACUUGAAACAGGCGGUGACCGUUGAAUUCUCUCUCUUCGUGUCAGAUUUGCUCCUACGGAUUCAUACAGACGAAAUGCCUUACAAAGCUGUCGUCUUCGACAUGGGAGAUGUGCUAUUUCGAUGGACUCCUCAGCUGAAGACUUCGCUUCCCGUGGCAACGUUGCGAGAUAUGGCGUUUUCGGAGACAUGGUGCGACUACGAGAAAGGCAGAUUGACGACCAGUCAGUGCUACCAGAAGCUGGGAGAGCAGUAUGGGGUUUCAGAAGAUGAACUUGCCUCGACAUUCUACCAGAGCACCGCCUGCUUGAUCCCCGAUCCAAGGAUGACCGAACUACUUCGUGAGCUUAAAGGUCGCGGGCUGGCCAUAUACAUGAUGACGAACAUUCCUCGACGAGAUUUCAAUCAGCUGCGAUGCACCAAUUACGAGUGGGACCUGUUCGAUGGGAUAUUCGCUUCCGGCUACAUUGGCAUGCGAAAGCCUGACCACGACUUCUACCAGUACGUCCUGCGGGAGGCUGAUGUGGCGCCAGCUGAAGCUAUUUUCCUCGAUGAUCAACACAAGAAUGUGGCGGCCGCGCGUGAAACGGGAAUUCUCGGUCUCUUGUUCGAACAUGCACGGAAGGAUGAAAUUUGCGAUGAGCUUGUCGACUUGCUGAGUCGCGAUCCUGCCGCUGAAUCUUGCAUAGUGUGAUAGCCAUUUAGUUCCAGGUGAUCCAACAAGCCUCAGCCUUACAUAUACAGUCCCAUUUAAGUAUAUGAAUUUCUGCGCGUAUGCUGUAUCACUUGAUCAGCCACAUGUGUACUGGAAAAG